AUGACAUCUCCAGUGGUGGCAUCUUCAACUGUGUCACCUCCCACAGCGGUGACAUCUCCAACGGUGACAUCUGCAAUGGUGGCAUCUCCAACGGUGACAUCUCCAACGGUGACAUCUCCAAUGUGUCACCUCCCACAGUGCGGUGGCAUCUCCAACAGUGACAUCUCCCACGGUGACAUCUCCAAUGGUGACAUUUGCCUCAGUGACGUUUCCUGUGGUGGUGACACCUCCCACAUGGACACCUCCAGCGGUGACACCUCCAACGGUGACAUCUCCAGUGGUGUCACCUCCCAUGGUGACACCUCCCACAGUGGUGACAUCUCUCUUGGUGGCAUCUCCCACGGUGACAUCUCCCACGGUGACAUCUCCAAUGGUGGCAUCUCCAACAGUGGUGUCACCUCCCAUGGUGACACUUCCAACGGUGACAUCUCCAACAGUGACAUGUCCCACGGCGGUGACAUCUCCAAUGGUGACACCUUCCACGGUGACAUUUCCCAUGGUGGUGGCACCUCCCAUGGCGUGACCUCCCAUGGUGACACCUCCAGUGGUGACAUUUGUCCCAGUGACAUUUCCCAUGGUGGUGGCACCUCCCAUGGCGUGACCUCCUACGGUGGCAUCUCCAGCGGUGACAUCUCCAACAGUGACAUCUCCAAUGGUGACAUUUGCCUCAGUGACAUUUCCCACAGUGGUGGCAUCUCCCACGGCGUGACCUACCACGGUGACAUCUAUCGUGACAUUUGUCCCAGUGACAUUUCCCAUGGUGGUGGCACCUCCCGUGGUGUGACCUCCCACGGUGACAUCUCCAGUGGUGGCAUCUCCAGUGGUGUCACCUCCCAUGGUGACACUUCCAACGGUGACAUCUCCAACGGUGACAUCUCCAGUGGUGUCACUUCCCGUGGUGACAUCUCCAACAGUGACAUCUCCAAUGGCGACCUCUCCCACAGCCAUGACAUCUCCAAUGGUGACACUUCCAACGGUGUCACCUCCCACGGUGGUGGCAUCUCCAAUGGUGACACUUCCAACGGUGGCAUCUCCAAUGGUGUCACCUCCCACAGCGGUGGCAUCUCCCAUGGUGACAUCUCCCAUGGUGACAUCUCCAAUGGUGACAUUUGCCCCAGUGACAUUUCCCAUGGUGGUGGCACCUCCCAUGGCGUGACCUCCUACAAUGGUGUCACCUCCCAUGGCGACAUCUCCAAAGGUGACAUCUCCAACGAUGACAUCUCCAACAGUGACAUCUCCAAUGGUGACACUUCCAACAGUGGCAUCUCCCACGGUGACACUUCCAACAGUGGCAUCUCCCACGGUGACUUCUCCAAUGGCAACACCUCCCACGGUGACAUUUGCCCCAGUGACAUUUCCCACGGUGGUGGCACCUCCCACGAUGUCACCUCCUACAAUGGUGUCACUUCCCAUGGUGGUGACACGUCCUACAUGGGCACCUCCAGUGGUGUCACCUCCCAUGUGGUGACAUCUCCGACGGUGUCACCUCCCACGGUGACAUCUCCAACAGUGCUGGCAUCUCUCUUGGUGACAUCCCCAACGGUGGCACGUCCAACAGUGACAUCCCCAACGGUGACAUCUCCAAUGGCAACAUCUCCCACAACGGUGACAUCCCUAACAGUGACAUCUCCAAUGGUGACAUUUCCCACGGUGGCAUCUCCCAUGGUGACAUUUGCCUCAGUGACAUUUCCCACGGUGGUGGCACCUCCCAUGGGUGGCAUCUCCAAUGGUGACAUUUCCCACGGUGGUGGCAUCUCUCUUGGUGACAUCUCUCUUGGUGACAUCUCCAACAGUGUCAUCUCCCAUGGUGAUAUUUGCCCCAGUGACAUUUCCCACGGUGGUGGCACCUCCCAUGACGUGACCUCCCACGGUGACAUCUCCAAUGGUGACAUUUCCCACGGUGGUGGCACCUCCCACGGUGACACCUUCCAUGGUGACAUCUCCAACGAUGACAUCUCCAACGGUGACAUCUCCAAUGGUGACAUUUGCCCCAGUGACAUUUCCCACGGUGGUGGCACCUCCCACGGCGUGACCUUCCAUGGUGGCACCUUCCACGGUGACAUCUCCCACAGCGAUGACAUCUCCAAUGGUGUCGCUUCCAAUGGUGUCACCUCCCAUGGUGUCACCUCCCAUGGUGGCAUCUCCAAUGGUGGCAUCUCCAAUGGUGUCACCUCCCAUGGUGACAUCUCCCACAGUGGUGGCAUCUCCCACAGUGACAUCUCCAAUGGUGACAUUUGCCUCAGUGACAUCUCCAGUGGUGACACCUCACAUGGUGACACCUCCAAUGGUGACAUCUCCAGUAGUGUCACCUCCCAUGGUGACACCUCCCACAGUGACAUCUCCAAUGGUGACAUCUCCAACGGUGACAUUUCCCAUGGUGGUGGCACCUCCCACGGCGUGACCUCCUACGGUGACACCUCCUACAACAGUGUCACCUCCCCCACGGACACCUCCAGCGGUGACACCUCCUUCCAUGGUGACACCUCCCACUUCAGUGUCACCUCCCAUGGUGUCACCUCCCACGGUGACAUCUCCAAUGGUGAUACCUCCAGUGGUGGCAUCUCCAACAGUGUCACCUCCCACGGUGACAUCUCCAACGGUGACAUCUUCAAUGGUGACAUCUCCAAUGGUGUCACCUCCAAUGGUGACAUCUCCCACAAUGACGUCUCCCACGGUGACAUCUCCAAUGGUGACAUUUGCCUCAGUGACAUCUCCAGUGGUGUCACCUCCCGUGGUGACAUCUCCCACAGCGGUGGCAUCUCUCUUGGUGACAUCUCCAACAGUGUCAUCUCCCAUG